AGUAUGAUGAGGGAUAUAGAUCUAUGAUAAAAUGUACAUGUGCUAUUAACCUCAAAUAAUUGUGUUAUACAUGUCAACUUCUCUACUGUCAACUAUUAGAAUAAUAGUUGAAUAUGGGUAAAUUAAAUGUUUCCAUUAUGCGCUACUUGACUCCAGAGGAUUUUAGGGUUUUAACUGCAAUCGAGAUGGGUAUGAAAAAUCAUGAAUUAGUUCCUGCUGCUAUGGCUGCUUCAAUUGCGAAUCUUCAACAUGGAGGAGUAAAUAAGAUUCUUAGAGAACUUUGUAAACAUCGUCUUUUAAGUUAUGAAAGAGGCAAACGUUAUGAUGGUUACCGUUUAACUAAUUCAGGUUACGAUUAUCUAGCUCUUCAUUCUCUUACCAAAAGAAAUGUUAUUGCAUCCUUUGGAAACCAAGUGGGUGUAGGUAAAGAAAGUAACAUUUACACAGUUGCUGAUCCUGAAGGAGAACAAUUAUGUUUGAAGUUGCAUAGACUAGGUAGAAUAUGCUUUCGAAAAGUAACAGAAAAGAGAGAUUAUCACAAACACAGGAAAUCUGCAUCAUGGUUGUAUCUUUCAAGAAUAUCUGCUACAAAAGAAUUUGCAUACUUGAAAGCCUUAUAUGAAAGAAAGUUUCCCGUUCCAAAACCUGUGGAUUUCAACAGACAUUGUGUAGUUAUGGAACUUAUACAAGGAACAUUAUUAAAUCAUGUUCAGGUAUUUGAAAAUAUAGAAACUCUUUAUGAUGACCUCAUGAAUUUGAUUAUCAGAUUUGCUGACUCUGGAGUCAUUCAUGGAGAUUUUAAUGAAUUUAAUAUUAUCUUGAACACCGAAGGAAAACCUAUUGUUAUUGAUUUUCCUCAGAUGAUUUCAACAGAACAUCCUAAUGCAGAAUAUUAUUUCAAUAGAGAUGUAAAUUGUAUAAAAGAGUUUUUUAAGAAACGUUUUUCUUUUGAGAGUGAAUUAUUUCCUAAAUUCUCUGAUAUUGACAGAGAAGAUAAUUUGGAUGCCGAAGUUGAGUGUUCUGGAUUUACUAAAGAAAUGGCAAAACAUAUUAAUAGAGAAUUGGGGUGUGAAGAUAGCAAUGACAGCAGUAGUGAAGAAGACAAUGUUCCAGAUGUAUUACACGAAAAACAUAUUGCUUCUAAUAAUGCAACACUUACAUAUGUGUUUGAUCAAUUACAAAUUAAAAAUAAAUAUGAUGGGGCAAUAGAAGAUGAAACCAAUUCAAUUUCUGAUCAUUCCUCAGAUAAUUUUUGUUCAAAAAGCAUCUUAUCAACUACAUCUACCAUACCACCUGAUGAAAUAAAAAAACGUCUUCGAAAACAGUUAGCAUCAAAAGAAAAAAGACAACAAAGAAAAAAGUGUGUUGCUAAAGGAGAAGCUAGUGCAGUUACUAGGAAUAGAAGAGAAAAUUCAAAUGCUAUAAAACACAGUCAAGGAGUUUGGUUUGAUUAGUUUUAGUUGAUUAAAUUUUAUGUAUCGAAAGAUGAAUAUAGAAUUAAGUUUAUAAAUUUGUUUAUAAAUAUUUCCCUUUUUAGUAUAAAAUUA